GACUGCUGAAGUGUCAAACCCUUAAUAAACUCAUGCUUUUUUUUUUUUUUAGGAUAUCCCCCAACAGAUUGGUGGUGUAGACUGUGGAGUCUUCAUGUUGAUGUAUGCUCUACAUCUUGUCUUGGGAGCACCCUUUGAUUUUACAUCUUGCGACUUUCCAAACAUAUGGAGAUGGUGGGCUCUUAUUCUUCUGGAGAACUUUGGGGUUUUCUCUGAAAGUGCAGAAACCGUACAAGAGUCCCUUCCAUGUGAAGAACAAGCUACGCUUAGCAGCAGUGAGGCGGAGCUCCCAAUAAUCCGGCACAUGAAAGAAGCUGUGAAAUGGCUCCAUUCCAACAGCCAUCUGCUCAGGGGUCCAGUGGAUGAGCCUCUUUUCAUUCCAAUGAAUGAAGACGACAAGGAAAAGGCCCGCAACAAUCUCCUGGAACAGUCAGAAGCUUCCAGAGAGCCCUUUCUAUUUCAUUUUGUGUUCAGGGAUGACAUGGAGUUAUUUUUGCAAGAAUGUAAGGACAAAAUGGGCCUGAGAGGCAGAUUUAAUAUCUUGUUCCUCGCAACGAGGAUGAGUUAUCAGGCGCAGCAUCGGAGGGUGGGCUUCUGCGUUCGGAAGUGGGCGAAUCUUCUGAGCUCCCGCUCUCAGGAGCUUCCCAGGUUCGCUUUCUCGAUGCACCCAUCUCCCAAAGGGGGCUCACUGUCGAGGAUGAAGAAGCAGACGGAGGCCAUCAAACACAUUCUGCUGCGGCCUGACUCGGCCGCCUACUGGCCUUUGAAGUCCCUCGCCCUGUCUGCCUCUCACCAGGGCAGUCCUAUUGCAGUGUCGGCCCCGGCUCCCCCACCACAGGAGCCUGAAUACCGGUCUCUGAGAAGUUCUGUGUAG